CUGCUCCCUCUCUUCCACUGCAACGGCUACUGGCUCUCUCUAACUGUCACAAAUACAUCCUUUAUAAAGGCGGUCGAAGGGGGAGCUUUCAUUCGAAAUUUCAUUAAAACGCUGUGUUUUCAAAAUCAUCGAUUUCGGGGAUUUGGAUUAUCCCCAAAUGCCUCUGAAUCCUCACUUCCAAACGAACUCUAAAAUUUCUACCCUUGUUGGAAAAGAGGGGGAAAAGAAACAAUGUCUUCAAUACGCAGAAUGCUUCGGCCUAAAAUCAGAAUUCAAAAUUCAACCGUCCAAUCCCCUCCUUCCCUCCCCAAUUCCAUGAGGCCCACCGAUGAUCUUAUCAGAUCCUACUGCAAAUCUGGCAUGAUCGACACCGCCCUCUCUCUCCUCCAUAGCACUCUGGAAACGGCCUCAUCAUCCAAGCCUUCCAUUUCCUCUUUCAAUUUUGUCCUGUCGUCUCUGGUAAAGACUAGCAGAUUCGAACAGACAAUAUUUCUCUUCGAUUCAAUGAAGAUGUCUGGAAUUCAACCUGAUGUUGUUACAAUGAACAUUUUGAUGAAUUGCUACUCUGAAAUUCUCCAGUCCAACCGUGCACGCCAGGUGCUUGAUGAAAUGCGUGCCCGUGGCUAUGCGCCCACCAUCGUCACCUUCAACACCCUUGUCAAAGGGCUGUGCAAGGAGGAUAAGAUUAGUGACGCCCUUCAGGUUUUACGCGAGAUGAAUGAAAAUGGGCCAGCCCCAAAUGAUCGGACAUUCUCAAUUUUGAUUGAUUUUCAUUGCAGUCGUUUGAAUUCGGAGGCAGGUUUGGGGCUGCUGAAAGAAAUGUUGCAUUUGGGAUUGGAACCGACAUCGAUUACAUACAACAAUGUAUUGGCUGGAUUGUGUAAGGAGGGAAAAAUUAGCACAGCGAAAACAGUUUAUUUGAAGAUGGGUAAGACAGGGAUCAAUGCGAAUGUCCAAACAUACACCGCUUUGAUUGACGGGUUGUGCCGGGAGAAGAUGGUGGGCCAAGCCAAACGUCUCUUUUACGAGAUGUCAGAGAAGGGUCUUUCUCCGAACGUUGUUACAUACACUGCUUUGAUUCAUGGGCUUUGUGCUGAGCGGCAUUGGCAAGAAGCAACAGCAAUGCUUCACGAGAUGCUCGAUCACGGGCUCCACACAAAUGUAGUCACAUACACAGGCGUCAUCAGUGGACUUUGUAAAGAGGGGAGAUUAAAUGAAGCACUGAAGCUUUUGGAUGUGAUGACCCAACAAGGAUUAGACCCAAAUGAGUUCACAUAUAGUACGCUGAUCAACGGUCUUAGUAAAGGAGGGAGGCUUGAUGAUGCUGUUGAGAUCUUCCAUCUUAUGGAAGAGAGAGGGAUGGCCAUAAAUGUGGUCACCUACAACGUACUGAUUAGUGGGUUCUGUAGACUCGGGAAGAUGGACGAAGCCAUGAAGCUUCUACAUGAGAUAAAUGAGAAAGGUUCCAAGCCUGAUGUGAUUACAUAUAACACAUUGAUGGAUGGGUUUUGCAAGAUUUGGCAGAUUGAGGCUGCAGAGGAGCUCUUGUGUGAGCUUGAAGGACAAGGGCUGAAGCCGAAUGUGGUGACGUAUAAUACAUUAAUGCAUGGUUUCUGUAGGGCGGGCGAUCUUGGGCGAGCCAUUGAUCUGGUUGAGGAGAUGAUUGGCGAGGGACAAGAACUCGAUGUGAUUACAUACAGUAUACUUAUGGAUGCGUUGUGCAAGUCUGGGAGGCUUGAAGAUGCAGAAAAAUUGUUGCAUCGGAUGAAUGAGAAUGGGAUUGAAGCUGAUGUUGUGACAUAUUCAUGUAUUCUAAGUGGGUACAGCAAGAAUGGGCAGUUGAAAGAGGCCAAAGAAAUUCUCGAACGGAUGAUGGAAAAGGGCCUUCGACCGAAUGUGGUGACAUAUAACGUAAUUUUGCAGGGAUUCUGCAUGAAAGGUAAGAUUGAAGAAGCGGUGAAGGUGCUCCAUGACAUUGUUGCAAAUGGCAUUGCCCCAUCUACAGUCACGGUCUCUCUUUUUCUUGAGAAUGUUUGUAGGUUUGGGCAGCUUGAGAAGUUCUCGGAACUGCUUCCGGCCAUUUGUGGGAGGAAAGAGGAGGUUGGAGAUCGUGGCUAUGCUGAAUUGAUGGAUGUUCUGUCUAAGGAAUCUAGUAGAAUGGCUGAUCGAUCUCAUGCUUCAAUGUGAAAUUGGUGUUACACCAAACUGAUUGAUUGGUCAAGCCAGGUUAAUGUAAUCAGUAUCAGGUACCUCUUCAGUUACAUGAUUGAGAGCAAGUUGUAGCUGUGGAUAAGCAGGAGAAGAAAAAGAGAAAGUGGUAAGAACAUGAAUCUGGUGGUGCGAUUGAAAACAGGUGACAGCAACACCAAGUUCUUCCAUCACAUAACUAAUGCAAGAAGAAGAACUAUUCGCAGUCGCAGUUCAGUAGUUAAUGACGAGACUGUGAAAGAAAAGGAAGAGAUUUGCAAUGCAACCAUCAAUUUCUUUUCAGGCUUAUUUUCGGAUGAGGGUUCGGUUCGGCUGAGGCUUAAUAAUCUUCCCUUCAUUCGGAUUAGUGAGCAUGAGGCAGCCUGGUUGAGCAGGAUUUUUAUGAGGAGGAAGUCUUAGAAGCCAUUCAUAGCCUUCGUAGGGAGUAGGGACAAAUUCCAAGUCAAGAUGCUUUGCCAUCACUUUUUUCCAAGUAUUCUAGGAAGUGGCCAAGAGAGAUGUCAUGGCGUUCCUCUCAGAAUUCCAUGAUAGGGUAGAUUAUCGAAGGAGAUUGGCAUAUCGUUUAUCGCUCUUAUUCCGAAGAGAGAAAGGGCCAAAAGCUUGAAGGAUUUCCCUCCAUUAGCCUCAUUAGCAAUCCUUCUGGCCAAGAUUCUAGCAUCCAGGCUUCGGAAAUUGCUAGGGGGAGUCAUAUGGGAAGCGAAAGGGGCUUUUAGACAGAUUUUGGAUGGGCCCGUCAUUGGGCAUGAGUGCAACGACUCUAGAUUUAAAACAAAACAAUGCAGUAAUCAUUUGCCAGCUAGAUGGAGGAGAAAAUUUUGACCCUUCCAGAAGAACCUCUUGAAUUUAAAGCUACCGCGUGAUACUAAUAGACAUGAAUAGAGUACAUUUGACCCACUUAUGAAUCACAUGCCAUCUAACACAUACUUUCACCGUGAAAAGUGAGAAUUUACUCACCUCUAGCUCAAAUUUUAGAUAGUAUAUUGUAUUGAUAGUCGGACAGAUUAUUUGGGAAAAUUCAGUUGUUCUCCUCUCCUGGAGGUGACAAAGGAGGGAACACCACUUCGCGUGGUUUCUCUCGUAAGGUAUUGUCCCUACUCAUGGACUCAAUUGUUUCUUGUAAUUAUCAGUUCUGUGUGUAUUUUUAUCGCCAAGAAAACAAGGGUUGUUAUA